UGAUUUUUUAAACUUCUUUUUUUGUUUCUUUUUUAUUUUUAUUAUUAUUAUUAUUUUCUAUAUAUGCACAAGCUAUUAUAACCAAACAAUUUAUUAGUAUAGACUAUAAUGAACCGACAACAUUCAACACAAAAGGAUGUUUACCAAUAUAAUUGUCCUUGGCCAAUGUAUGCUUUAGACUGGUGUAAAACUAGAGAUGAACGCAACUCUUUUCGAUUAGCUGUAGGUAGCUUUAUUGAAGACAAUAACAACAAGCUUCAAAUCAUAGCCAGAACAGAUCUUUUACAUGAACAACAACAACGACAACAACAAUCAAACUCGGACUUUACAGCUGUAGCAGAAGCAGAUUCUUAUUAUCCUAUUACUAAAGUAUUAUGGGAACCAUCACAGACAGAAGCAAAGAAUACAGAUUUGAUAGCAACAGCAGGAGAUAUUCUUCGGAUAUGGGAAUUAGUAGAUAAUCCGCAUUAUGGAACAAGUAGUAACUCUAUUAAUGGUAACAAUGGUGAUCGGAAGAGUCCAACAUACUUUACUCAGCGUCUUAUAAAGAAAGCAGAAUUGGUCAAUAUGAAACAGACUGAUUUUUGUGCUCCGUUGACAUCAUUUGAUUGGAAUGAAACAGAUCCUUCUCUUGUGGUUACAUCAAGUAUUGAUACAACGUGCACGGUAUGGAAUGUGGAAACGAAUCAAGCAAAAACUCAGCUUAUUGCACAUGAUAGUGAUGUAUAUGAUGUUGGGUUUAUGCAUGGAUCUGCAGACAUAUUUGCAAGUGUAGGUGCAGAUGGAUCUGUACGCUUGUUUGAUUUAAGAUCUUUAGAACACUCUACCAUUCUUUAUGAAUCUCCUAUACCUUCUUCAACAACAAGAUCUUCCAAUUUACAAACUGGUUCAUGUCCUUUAUUACGACUUCAAUUCAAUAGAAUGAAUCCCAAUUUACUGGCUACAUUCCAUAUGGAUUCCACAUCAGUACAAAUUCUUGAUAUUCGUCAUCCAAGUGCCCCUGUUGCUGAAUUAGUCAAGUGUCAUCAAAGUAAUGUCAAUUGUUUGAAUUGGUCUCCUACUCAAUCAGGUCAAAUCGCCACUGGAGGAGAUGACACACAAGUAUUGAUUUGGAAUAUCCAUGACUCGGAUCAAACUUCACCUUCUUAUCAAUCACAACAAUCAUUAUCCAAAAAUCAACCUCCUCUUCGAACAAUACAAGAUCCAAUAUUGGCAUACACAGCAGAAUCUGGUAUCAAUUCGUUAUCUUGGAGCAAAUCAUCACCACAAUGGGUUGGCAUCGGAUUUGGAAAAACGAUACAAGCACUUCAUGUAUAGGAUAUUUAGAAUUAGAUUAGACGAACUAGAAUAAGUU